CUCAGGUCUCAACACAUGGCCCUCCUCCACUGGAAAGAUACACUUGCAAGACCGCCACUGCAGAUGAGCUCGUGGCAGCAAAACACCAGCCCCUGCAAUUGGACGGGCAUCAUGUGCACGGCUGUUCACCAUGGCCGCCGCAUGCCUUUGGUGGUGGCCAACAUCUCCUUGCCGGAUGCUGGAAUCCAUGGCCAGCUUGGUGAGCUCAACUUCUCGGCUCUUCCAUUCCUCACACAUAUUGACCUCAGCAACAACAGUCUCCAUGGGGCACUACCCGCCAGUAUUAUCUCCCUUUCAGCGCUUUUGAUACUUAACCUUCCCUACAACCAGCUCACAGGGGAAAUUCCUUAUGAGAUUGGUGGCCUGCGAAGUCUCAUGCAAAUUGAUCUCUCAUUUAAUAGACUCACAGGACUUAUCCCUGCAUGUCUGAGUAACCUAACAAUGUUAACUUGUCUUGCCAUUCACCAAAACAUGGUAUCAGGGCCCAUUCCUGAGGAGAUUGGAAGACUUGUCAACCUCCAAGGUCUACAGCUAAGCAACAGUGCCUUAAGUGGCAUGAUACCAAAAACACUUGGAAAUCUGACCCAACUAAAUAUUUUGUACCUGUUUGGCAAUCAGCUUUCAGGGCCUAUACCCCAUGAACUAGGCAGGCUAGUCCAUUUGCAGCGUCUUCAGCUUCAGUCAAAUGAUUUUUCAGGUCCAAUCCCAAUCUCCAUAACCAAUCUCACUAAGAUGAACCAACUUUUUCUCUUUGAAAAUAAAAUCACGGGUUCCAUCCCACAGGUAAUAGGCAGUCUCAAUAUGUUAAACCAACUUGGUCUCCAUAAAAAUCAAAUAACAGGUUCAAUACCCGUAGAACUAGGGAACCUCACUGUGCUCAAUGAACUUUUUCUCUAUACAAAUCAAAUCACAGGUUCAAUACCUUCAGAAUUGGGCAUCUUGCUGAACCUCCAGGAAUUAGACUUGUCCGAGAACCAAAUAACCGGUUCCAUUCCCCAAGAGAUUGGCAAUCUGAUGAACCUCGAAUAUUUAGGCUUGUCUAUGAACCAAAUUUUGGGAUCAAUACCAAAAACUUUUGGGAAGUUGCAAAGCAUCCAAACAGUGGAAAUAUUUAGUAACAAAUUAUCGGGUUCUCUUCCUCAAGAAUUUGGAGGUCUCAUAAGCCUUGUUGACCUUGAGGUGUCACACAACUCACUUUCAGGACAUUUACCCGCAAAUAUAUGUUCAAGUGGUAGACUCCAACAUCUCAUUGUCUCAUCUAAUAUGUUCAAUGGCCCCAUUCCAAGCAGUUUAAGGACAUGCACGAGUUUGGUUCGAAUUGACCUUCAGAGAAACCAAAUAACAGGUGAUAUACCUCAGCAUUUUGGUGUGUAUCCACAACUCAUAAAAAUGAUCUUGACAUCGAAUAGACUCUCUGGGCACAUCUCACCAAAUCUAGCUGCAAGUACCCAGCUAACGGUACUACAUCUAGCACAAAAUAACAUCACGGGUUCCAUACCUCCAAUCCUAUCUAAAUUGUCCAACCUAGUAGAACUAACACUUGAUUCUAACCAUCUCAGCAGUGACAUUCCACCAGAAAUCUGCACUCUAACUAAUCUAUAUAAAUUGAACUUAUCAGCGAACCAAUUAUCUGGAUCCAUGCCUACACAAAUAAAUGAGCUAAGCAAUCUAGAAUACCUUGAUAUAUCUGGGAACAGAUUGAGUGCAUCAAUUCCAGAGGAACUAGGGGCCUGCAAGAAACUACAGUCCUUGAAGAUCAACAAUAAUAACUUCAGUGGCAGUUUGCCAGAUGCGAUUGGAAAUUUAGCAGGCCUGCAGAUCAUGUUAGAUGUGAGCAACAAUAACCUCAGUGGUGUGCUGCCGCAUCAACUUGGGAAGUUGGAGAUGCUAGAAUUUCUGAAUUUAUCACAUAAUCAGUUCAGUGGCAGCAUUCCGUCCGUCUUUGCAAGCAUGGUUAGCCUUUCAACACUUGAUGUGUCCUACAACAACUUGGAAGGACCAGUCCCAACAGCCCAGCUACUCCAAAAUGCUUCAGCAAGUUGGUUUCUUCCCAAUAAAGGUCUGUGUGGUAACCUCUCUGGCCUGCCACCAUGUUAUUCAACCCCAGCAACUGCCCAUAAAAGGGGAAAGAUACUUGGUUUGCUUUUCCCAAUUGUUCUUGUGAUGGGUUUCAGCAUUGUUGCUACAACUGUUGUCAUAAUAAUACUUACUCGUAAGAAGAGAAAACCACAAGAAAGUGCUAGCGCUGAAGCAAGGGAGAUGUUCUCUGUUUGGAAUUUUGAUGGUAGAUUAGCAUUUGACGAUAUUGUAAGGGCAACAGAAGACUUUGAUGAUAAGUACAUCAUUGGAACAGGAGGAUACGGCAAAGUCUACAUGGCACAACUCCAAGACGGGCAGAUGGUUGCUGUGAAGAAGCUUCAUCAGACCGAAGAAGAGUUGGAUGAUGAAAGAAGAUUUCAUAGUGAAAUGGAAAUCUUAACACAGAUCCGACAACGAAGCAUUGUCAAAAUGUAUGGAUUCUGCUCCCAUCCAACGUAUAAAUUUCUCGUCUACGACUACAUUCAGCAGGGAAGCCUCCACAGGACAUUGGAGAAUGAGGAGCUAGCAAAGGAAUUGGAUUGGCACAAGAGAAUUGCUCUUGCAACUGAUGUGGCUCAAGCAAUAUCUUAUUUGCACCACGAAUGCAGUCCACCUAUAAUCCAUCGAGAUAUCACAAGCAACAACAUCUUACUUGAUACAUCCUUCAAGGGUUUUGUCUCGGAUUUCGGCACGGCAAGGAUUCUUAAACCUGAUUCAUCAAACUGGAGUGCACUAGCAGGAACGUACGGCUACAUAGCUCCUGAACUGUCGUACACAUCUGUUGCGACAGAGAAAUGUGAUGUUUAUAGCUUUGGAGUGGUUGUGUUAGAGCUAGUGAUGGGCAAGCAUCCAAGGGAUUUAUUAGAUGGUAGUCUUUCUAACGGCGAACAAUCAAUGAUGGUGAAAGAUAUUCUGGACCAACGGCCAACAACACCAAAAUCAACUGAAGAGAAUAGCUUAGCUCUGCACAUCAAGCUGGCCUUAUCUUGUUUGGAAUCUUCUCCCCAAGCAAGGCCAACCAUGCGGGAGGCAUACCAAACACUCAUCCAGCCAUCUUCUAGUUCAACUACCGUGCCUUUCAGUGCACUUACAUUACAGCAAGGGAUGCAUGUUUGACAUAAGG